AUGUCCAUUUCUCUCGGUGAUGAUCGACAGAGAACGUCGUCUGGGUCGAAGCUCAAUCCCGUUCCUUCGGUCUUAGUCUUUCGAUCCAUUCAACAUGUGAUGCAAGAUGUACAAAGCCUCCUUGAAGAGCCAACUAGCUUGCCACUUCUACAAGCAGCAUUUACCGCUCAACUUGCACUCGCUUCUCUUUUGCGCCUGAAUGCCGCCUCGCGGGUAGGGGGUGUUAUCACCCGCACUGCAUUCCACCUCGGGUUGCAUCGUUGCCCAAGACGCUUUUCUUGCUUUAGCAGUGAAGAGGCAGAUAUUCGGUGUCGAUUAUUUUGGUCAAUCUAUUCACUUGAAAGAUAUCUUUCUCAGGCUCUUGGGAUCCCGCUCUCCAUUCGAGACGACGACAUCGACGUGUGCUACCCUGAUGCCGAGAGACAUUCUUCAACAGUCAAAUCCCCCGACGAUCGCAGAUUGCGCUUGCUGUGUUAUCUUGCGAGAUUUGCACGGAUUCGAGGUUUGAUUGUUGAACUUCGUAAUAAGUCCAUUCUCCACAGUCACGCCAGCCAGGUUGAGGCGGCUCAUGUUACUGGAGAACUAGCGCAAUGGUGGAAUGAAGUUUAUGACGAUGUCAACCCCAUUGACGAGCCCUUAGAAGCUGGUCUAGAGCAAGAGCCGAUCUUGCAGCCAUACCACCGGCUACUCUUGAUGAUCCUGAGACACGAGGCUAUCAUCUCGCUUAAUCGACCUCUUUUAGCUUCUGAAAAGCCCAGUGCGGAUUACAAGAACGCUUUGCAGACUUGUAUUGGAUCUUCUCGAUCCAUACUUGCUGCAUUGAGAAAGCACAUGUCCUCUGAACCGAAAUCUCCGCUCUCCUGGCCAUGCUUUACCUGGUCAACUUGGAUGGCCUGCCUCAUUCUAAUGUAUGCCGCGUGGGAAGAGAAAUUUCCCGCGUCCACUGCUCUGAAAUAUGCGAGAAUGGGGAUUGCCAUUUUGGAAAGCCUAUCAUUACGCGGUAGCAGCUGGCCAGAGACCUGCAUCGAGGCGAUCAAAGGCAUGGAAUCUGCUUUUGAGACACAGACACCCAGUGGCAACCAAGCCAGGGCUAGUGCCACAUCUAACGGCGUCGGUAAAUCAACUCAACCCCAUACCCAAGCUACACCAUCGAUGGAUAAACGAGAAUCACGAAUACUGCCGGUUCAGGAUGGAAAUAAUGAGACUGGCGAUACAGGGCUCACACCAAUUCGACCUCAAGUUUCACCGCCGAAUGGAUACCAAGGUCGUCCAGUCUCUACCGGAAUCCACCCGUUCCAAUCAUCAAUUCGUUCUCCUGCCCAAGGCCUUGCCCCCGCAGAAAACUACCAGUCUGCCGUUUUUUCGUCAUCUGACAACAUCGGUAACUUCGCUGAAGCGCUAGACCCUGCUGAGAACUAUGUUAGUGGACAGUCUUCAGCUGGUCUCAUUUUCGGUAACAUGGCUGACGGAAACUCUGCUUUUAAUCCGAGUUUUGCUGGUCAAGACUCUUUGCCGUUUUCAACAUCUAUGCUCAUGAACGAUUUAUGGAGUGUGGCCGAUGGCCCAUGGCUGAUUCACAAUAACUUCUUGUGA